AUGUGCGGCAUCUUUGCCUCGCUCAGCCGCUCCCGCCAUGUUUGCCCCAACCCCCGCACCGCCCACCUCCUCGACAACAGAGGCCCCGACUGCUCCCACACCCUGGAGCGAUCUGUCGCCGCGAACCAUCCCGUCUAUGCUGUUUUCCGCUCGACGGUGCUCGGCUUGCGGGGCGCCGGCGUCGUCUCUCAGCCCUUGACCGACGCUGCUUCUGCCUCCGUCCUCUGCUGGAACGGCGAGGCCUGGAAGCUCGACCAGCAACCCGUGUCAGGCAACGAUGCUCAAGCCGUCGCUGACCUGCUCUUCAAGGCGUCCACUCCGCAGGCUGAAGACCGAGCGGAUGGUGCGCAAGAGCGCAUGAUUGCAGCCAUUUCGAAGAUCCGGGGGCCUUAUGCUUUUGUCUUCUAUGACGCUCCCCACAAACUGCUGUAUUUCGGCAGAGAUUGUCUAGGUCGCCGCUCACUCUUGCAGAGCACUAACGAAGCAGGCGAACUCGUCCUGUCCAGCAUUUGCGACAAGACUGUAAGUGAGACGUGGUGCGAGGUUGAAGCGGAUGGCAUUUACGUCGCCGACCUCUCGGCCUCUGCAGACACAAGCGUCUCUUGGCUUUCUACAAAGUUCCCAGUUACUCAUAUACCCUACAUCUACGAGGGGUCAGAGUCUCCACCCGCUCAAUCACUGAUUUUGCCAUAUCCUCCGUUAAACAAAGCUUUGCCCGAAGUGUCUCCUAUACCGCUCCAGCAGGAUUCUCCUGCAGUGGAGUUGCUCAAGGACCACCUCAUGAGAUCUUUGAGAUUGCGACUGCAAAUCCAGUCCGCGCAACCUGAGUAUCACGCAAGCGUAGCAAUCCUGUUUUCUGGUGGUCUCGACUGCACAGUACUGGCCCGUCUAACGCACGGUAUUCUGCCCUACGACUACCCCAUUGAUCUUCUCAAUGUGGCUUUUGAGAAUCCUCGUAUCCACCGCUCUCGUGACACCGAAGACUCCACUUUUUCGCCCUACGAGGUCUGCCCUGACAGGAUGACUGGCAGGGCUUCCCUCGCCGAAUUGCGUAGAGUCUGUCCGGAGCGAAAGUGGUCGUUCGUUGAGAUCAAUGUACCAUAUACGGAGACGUUGGCUCACCGUGACAGGGUGGUGGCUUUAAUGCAUCCUCACAGCACAGAAAUGGAUCUUUCAAUUGCGUAUGCGCUCUACUUCGCCUCGAGAGGCGUCGGGUCACGGCGGGAGUCUAAGUUAGCCGGAGCCAUCGAUUACGCCACGCCAGCACGGAUCCUUCUGUCUGGAUUGGGCGCCGAUGAAUUGUUCGGAGGAUAUCAGCGGCACUCUACGGCAUUCUUGCGCGACGGUUUUGCAGGCUUGAUUGAUGAACUCGAACUGGACAUCAACCGUCUAGGAAAACGUAAUCUAGGCCGUGAUGACCGAGUCAUCUCAAAUUGGGGAAAAGAGGUCCGUUUCCCAUAUCUAGACGAGGAGCUUUUGUUCUGGGCUUUGAACGCACCCGUGUGGGAGAAGACUGGGUUUGGUCAGGAAGCAUCUUCGGAUAGUGACGGAAGCGCCAAGGUUGAACCGGGGAAGAAGGUCCUUCGGCUAUUGGCGUGGAUGCUGGGCAUGGAGCAACUUGCUUCAGAAAAGAAGCGCGCAAUACAGUUUGGUGCACGUACAGCAAAGAUGGAGACUGGGAAGACGAAGGGG